UAGUGUUUCUGUUUGUGUUAGUGGAAUACACACUAUUGCCUAACGGUUUAAUUGUAUUAUAUUUUAUUCUUUUACAAUCAUUCUACUACAAGUCGGCCGGCUUGGUGUUUAAUAACGUGCAUUGUUACCUAUGUAACAUGAAGACAAAUCUUGUUCCUGAGAGCUGCAGCCAAGACAUAACUAGAAGGUUCACAAAUGGAGGUCUCUUCACCCUUAUCAACCAAAACAGAUGGACAGCUUCCCAUGAUUGGAACAAGGAAGGAAAGAAGAAAUGCAUGACUCACCAAAUACUUGACCCGUUCUUUAGCCGCUGUAGGACAUUGUACUGCCCAAUGUUUUCCCUCCCAUUAAAUGGUCAGUGUGUACCCUUUAUGGAUUAUGACCUAAGUUAUAGACUCGUUGUGAGACUAGUUCUGUAUGAGCGUGUAAACAAAUCGGAAUCCGUCAAGAAGGAGCUGAUGUCACAGCAUCUCGCCAUUCAGAGAAAACUUGGCUUUGGACAAUGCGAUUUGUGCAGCGUUUUUAUGUAUCUUGAAAAGGAUUUUGAUGAGACUCGUCUACAGGAGAUUUAUGUAAGCUUCUACUUUAAGGUGACAAACAGAUGUAAUACAGAACGUAUGUGGUCCAAACUAAUCGCGAUUGAAAAAGCUUCGUCGUUUAUCAGUAUUGCACUCAAUAAGAAAAUGGAACGACUUGAGGUAUUUUGGUUCAAUGAAAUAAUAUGGAGAUCAGACCGCUACGAGAUAAUAUUAGCAAUCGGUUCACCCGCCUUUUGUCCGACACUCCAACAAGAAGGCGAGUUAUUCUGUCCUAAAGUAAAAUUAACGACAAUGGAGUAUGAAUCCGUACUGGAAAAGCACACCAACGCAAAAGAACUUUUGUUUGCACCAAACAAAGAAGAUAUGAACGGUACAAUUUUCGUCUGCUGCGAUGAUUAUAUCCUGAAGCAGAGCGCAAGAGGAGUUCAGAUGCAUGUCUCAAGCGCACUGAGUGUGAUGGCAAUAUUCUUUGGAACUCUAUUCAUUCAUUUCAGCUUAUAAAACAAAUGAAUACAUACCCUUAUGAAACUUGCUAUUUAUUGUGUAUUCAAUUUUCGUAUACAAAUAGGCAAAACAGCGCUAUUUAAGAUUUCAUUCGUAACUUAUUGUUUUGAAAUACAGAACGAAACUUAUGUUGAGAUCAUUUUUGCUUUUACAGAAUAAAUUCUAACUGAAGAAUUUUGAAUAUUAAUGACUUACUUACAAAUUUUUUCGUUAACACCAGCAUACAUUUACAUCGUUUACACUGAAUACUUUGAGAAAAUUGAAAAGAAAAUAUCUAUUUAUAUACUUUUUUAGACUAAUGUAGGCAACACAAGCUUAUUCCAGAAUAAGAUGCUGAAGCUAAGACGAAAUGACAAACUAUAGUUACGCUGUUAUAUAUUUUCUUAUCAAUAUGUAUAUUGAAAAUGUAAUUCACAGCACAAUUAUUUUAGAUAUUCUUAACUAAAAGUAAUUGUAAUAUCAAAACAACGUUGCGAAUUAAAACGCACAUGUAUUAAAAUGUGUGCCAACAGGA